AACUAAUGCAUGUAAGCUGCAAAGUGAUAUUGAAUACAUAAAAUAUGUCUUAAUCAUAAUUUAGCAACAGUAUGGGGAAUUCAUCUGCUAAGAGACAUCCUGUGAGGAUUAUGGUGUUGGGAUUGUACGACUCGGGUAAAACCAGCAUUCUACACUAUACUAAACUUGGAGAAGUUGUAACAACGAUACCCACGAUUGGCUUUAAUGUUGAAACAUUGAUAAACAAGCGGUUGACUUUGACUGGAUGGGAUGUUGGGGGGCGAGAUAAAAUUCGGCCAUUGUACAGACAUUAUUAUUCAAACAACGACGCCCUCAUUUUUGUUGUGGAUAGUAGUGAUGAAGAUGGACUUGAAAGAGCUAAAGAGGAGUUAAUGAGACAUUUGUCUGAGCCCGAGUUGCAGAAUAUUCCACUAGCCAUAGCCUUUCAUAAAUGGGAUAAACCUAACCACAUGACAAUUUCAACGAUACAAGAUGCGUUUGGAGUGUCAGAAAUCAGGAAACGUAGACCUUGUGAGACGUUCGUGACGUCAGUGAUUUCUGAUAAUGGAAUGGAACUUCAACAAAUGUUAUACUGGGUCUAUGAGAUCGUUAGAGAAAGACGGGGUUCUGUAAAAGAGACUCAAUCGACAGAGGCACGAUCUGUAGACUUCAUGGAACGGGCUUUGGCAAAGCUCAGAACCCUGUUGCUUAAUUGAGUCAGAUUAAGACACUUGCUUGGAAAAAAUUAUUGACGCAUAGGGGGACGACCAAUGUAUAAUUCUUAGGAGG